AUGCAUAAACAUCAUAGAAAUGUCAAUUUUCACCUAUUUUCUUUCGUACGAUAUCAAUUUUGGCCCUUACUCAUACCGUCGAUAGCUGUUCUAUUUUUAACAUUUUGUCCGCAAAUAUCUCAAUCAAUUGAAGUUAAUAUUAAUGAUUAUAAUCAACAAAUUGAAAAUCCUGAUAGGACUGUAGCUAAACUUGCUCCACGUGAAAUUCAACUAACAACAACAUUAUCACCACCAUCAUCACUUUCAGUACCUUCAACAUCGUCAACUUCAAAUUUUGAUGAAUUUAUUCAUACUUUAUAUGUAAUUUCUUUGGAUGGUAAAAUAACUGCAAUUGAUGCUCAUGCAAAUGGUCGUCAAUUAUGGACAGUUGAUACAGGAGCACCAUUAAUUGAUUCAAGUUUAAGUAAAAUUGAAAUAUCUCGUGAUUCACGAUCAGUUCGUCUUAUUCCAUCACUUAUUGGUGGUCUUUAUGAAAAAUAUGAUGAAGAUGGACAUGUUGAACCAUUACCAUUUGAUGCUGGUGAUUUACUUGAUGCAUCAUUUAAACUUCAUGAAGAAUUAGUAAUAACAGGUGGAAAACAUAUUGAUACACUUGGUCUUGAUUUACAUACUGGACAAGUACUUUAUUCAUUUUCAAAAGAUCAUCUAAAACAAAACAAUGCAUUAGAUAGUAACCGAACAACAACAGAUAAUACUGAAUUUCGAUCAACCUUAAUUGUUAAACGAACAACACAAACUAUAAGAGCGCGAAGUGCUCGAAAUGGAUAUGAAAAAUGGAAUUUUAGUGUUUCAAAUCAUGAAUUACUUCAUUUACGUCCUCAACCAGCUGCGGUUGUUCUUGGGCAAGUUGAUCCUGAAACAGCAUUUUCCGGCUAUUUUGAAUAUCAGUUACAAACUGGUGUUGUAUUAGCAUUUGAUAAAACUGGACAUCCUACUUGGUCUUCACCAAUUAAUGCACCAAUAGCUGCUGUAUGGGAAUUAAAAAAUGGUCAAUUAAGUGAAAAACCUUUAUUUGAAACAAUAGCAUCAAAUCAUUUUUCAAUAGAUGAUCCAAGUAAAAGAAAAAAAACAAUAAUUCUCUUUAUUUAUUUUCUAUGUUUCACUCUCUGAUCCUACUAAUUCCAAAGGGAUAGCUACCUAAUAACAAGUGUAUCUGUUAGGAUGGUAUGUAAGACAUUAGCAAAAGCAAAAACAGAACGCAGAAGAUGAAUUCUUAUGAUAAAGGAUAAUUGACAAAGAGAUCAUUUUAAGAGAAACGAAGAACAACCAUAUGCAUUAGAAUAUCUUUGGAAAUUUAGCAUAGAAUUUGAUAAUCAAUUUUAGAUAUUGCCAGAUGCAUCUACAUAUGAGACAAAUCGUUUAGAAAAGUAGAGAGAACUAAUUGAUCUUUUCUCUUCUUAUCACUCCGAGCAAUUCACAUUUAAGCAUGAUUGCUUUAGUAACAAAUAACCGUUCAAGGAUUUAUCAAUUCUCUUAAAAUAUUUUGUCCAAUAUACAUAACAUAGAUCAUCAAGUGUACGUUCAUCGUAAACGAAUGUGAAAAAUAAAUCGUUUCGAUAAAGAUAGUGAUAAGCUCGUUUGAGUGAUGCACAAUAAAAAUGAUUAAGAUUCAUUUGUUGCAAAUCUAAAAAUAGAGCGGCGAUGUUCACAGGACAGGGUAACAUCCUGCAAACUGAAAAAUCAGAUUUUCGAAUUUUUAGUCCUGAAAAGAAGUAUUUUUUCAGUCUUUCAGAGUUAAAAAACAAAAAUAGACUGCCAAGGGUGGUAUCGACUAGUAUUCAUAGUGUUUCUCUAUAGACUUACGUCCGAAUGAAAGGGGUAGAAUUAAAAAAUAAGUAAAAUGACUAUCGUAGUAUUGUGUUUGUAUUUUUUAUUUUCGUGUUUUUAGCAGAUUAAAGCAAAAAUUUAAGUUAUGAGUUCUAUAUCAUCUGAUUCCAAUAAUGAGAUUUGCUAAAUAUCUACUCAUGAUUUUACUGCUCAAUCAAAUACAUCUUUAUGUUGUCUUGUCGGUCAUUAUACUUUAUCCAGCAACUUGAUAGUGUUCUUUUGGAUAUAUAGUUGUCAAAAAUAAAAGGAAUGAUUUUGAACAUAGCAAUAAUUUCAUCAGCCGUUUUGAAUAUUGUCAUACGUUUCGUUACAGGUUUGCAAGUAGAAGAAAGCACUUUGUAAAGCACACAAAUCGAUGCUUUCAAAAAGUCAAGAAUAUGAUUAUAAUAUUAAGAAAAGAUGAUGACUUGAUCUAUGUCUCUCGUUUGAAUUUGAUAAGAAAAAUAAGACAAUAGAACAAGAGUGUCGGCUUAGCAUUACCAUUGAAUUAAUCUAAUGCUGACAGCUAUACUUUUUUCUUAGGAUCGUUACACAAAAGCAUUGCUGCCAGCAUUAAGUUAAUGCAAUGCUAAUAUUAAGUCGAAGUCUCUACGAUAGAACUCUUAAAUUUUAUAAAAAUCAUAAAAACUUUCUAUUUCUUUCAAAAUAUACUCGAUUGAUUUUAUCUAUUCCUGCAACAACAACGAGUGUAGAAAGAGAAUUUUUCACUGUUGAUUAAAUUCUAAACUUUGAAGAAAAAAAUCUUCAACCAGAUAAUUCAAAGAACAUUUUAUUAGUAAGAUCAACAGAAAAACAUUUAUAUAAGAAAAAAAUUAUUUAUCUCUGGUGUAUAGAGCACAUAAAGUUAUGUAAAAAAAAGAUAAUGCAAAUGG